CUGGAGGACAAGGAGGCCGACGAAGCCAUAAGAAGACUCAAGACCGGCAGGGCAGCAGGAAGGGACCAACUAAAGGCGGAGCGCUACGAGCUGCUCAGCGCGCAGAGCAAGAGCCUAGUGAGAGAGAAGGUGCGCAAAUAUUGGCGAGAGGGGGCCCUAGAGGAUGGCGAAGCUGACUCACUAAUAGUGGCGCUACCAAAACCAGGAAAAGACCGCAGCAGCACUGCAGGACGGAGGCCCAUAGCCCUACUAAAUUUCUUCGCAAAGAUUUUCGCAUCUGCGCUA